GGGUUGUUUAUCUCGUUCUGUAUCAUCCACUUCUUGUGUUAAUGUUAUGGAGUUACUUCAAAGCUACACUAACUUCACCUGGAUACUCUACCGAUCCACCGAUAGCUGGCUCAACAGGUUCACAUCAAUCAAUUUCCUAUCAUUCCGUGGAACAGCGCAGAUCUAACUCUGCUCAAAAUAGUAUUGAUAGUAAUUCACCAAUUCACUACGAUGACAUAGAAAAUAGAGAUAGUUCAUUCGACAUUCCUGUCACCAAAUCCAAUACCAUUAUCUUGGAUGAAAAUGGAAAUCCUAUAUCCGUGGGGUUAAACAACUGUAUAGGAUUUCGCAAUCAUAAGUACUUCUACUUAUUUGUCGUGUGGGGUACUAUAUAUUGUUUCUUCGUGACAUUUGCCACUCUUCCACCUACAAUUCAAUAUGCUCAAUCUUCUUAUGAG